AUGGCCCUAAAGCGCAUCCACAAGGAGCUCCUCGACCUGUCCCGCGACCCCCCGGACCAGUGCUCAGCAGGGCCAGUGGGUGACGAUAUGUUCCAUUGGCAGGCGACCAUCAUGGGGCCCAAUGACAGCCCCUACCAAGGGGGUGUCUUCUUCCUAAGGAUCCAACUUCCAUCUGAUUACCCCUUCAAACCACCCAAGAUUGCCUUCAUCACUCGAAUUUACCACCCAAAUAUUAACAAAAACGGAAGCAUCUGCCUAGACAUCCUUAGAUCUGAGUGGUCGCCAGCACUAACUAUUUCCAAAGUAUUGUUAUCCAUUUGCUCCAUGCUGUGUGACCCCAACCCUGAUGACCCUUUGGUUCCGGAAAUUGCUAAGAUGUACAUGAAGGACAGGAGGAAGUAUGACCAAAUUGCUCGCGAAUGGACUCAGAAAUAUGCCAUGUAA